GAUCGGUCCGGCUAUCUGAGGUCAUCAAUGCGUGACUGGAACAAGGUUUAGUCCUAAUGCCCUGCGAACACUGGCGUUGUCGGAGUAACUUUUUAAGUGUCAUAAUUUGGCAUCGUCGCAGGAUAGACGGCCUUCUUGAACCCCGGCACCGGGGAGUUGUCAAUCGACAAUCGGCUGUAGUAGUAGGCGUGUAGUGUGGAGAGUGCGCGUUGUGUCGUUGGCCGGAAGUUAGACAGCAGACUAUCGAGCGCUCCGUGCGUUGCCGUUUUGCUGCUCAGUCGCAGGAAACACUGUGCUAAUCCAGUUACCGGUAGUCGGUCGGGAAUUUUCAAGGUAAACAUCUAUAUCUCUUGUUAUCGUAAGUUCCAAGAUAAGGUCAUACAAACAUCGAGGAGGCGAGGCGUGAACUGGUUAAAAAUGAACGGGCACGCGAACGGGGGUGAACUGAACGGCUGCGGUGACAUAAUCACGCAGAACCAACAGAAGGGUUGUUGGACGAUCGGUCUCAUUAACUCCAAGUUUCGGUACCUUACGGCUGAGACAUUCGGCUUCAAGAUCAACGCCAACGGUAGCUCACUCAAGAAAAAACAGAUCUGGACAUUGGAACCGGACAACAGUAACGUAGGAGACAGUUUAAUCUACAUCCGUUCCCAUCUAGAGAAAUACCUCGCCGUUGACUCCUUCGGCAAUGUUACUUGCGAAAGUGAAGAAAAGGACCCCGGAUGCAAGUUCCAAAUCAGUGUCGCAGAGGACGGUACGGGCAGAUGGGCGUUGCGAAACGUAGUACGUGGGUACUUCCUGGGUGCAUCUUCCGACAAGCUCAUAUGCACCGCUAAAGUACCAGGUGACGCGGAGCUGUGGUACGUCCAUCUGGCUGCUAGGCCGCAGGUAAACAUCCGAUCAGUAGGCCGGAAGAGAUUUGCGCAUCUAUCAGAGAAUCUGGACGAGAUCUACGUAGACGCAAACAUUCCAUGGGGAGAAGACACGUUGUUCACGUUAGAGUUUAGGCCGGAUGAAAACGGAAAAUACGCUAUCCACACCUGUAACAACAAAUACCUCUCAAUGGGCGGUAAGCUAGUAGAAACUUGCUCAAAAGACUGUUUGUUCACCGCUGAGUACCACAGUGGCCAGCUUGCUUUGAGAGAUCGUAAUGGGCAGUACCUUUCACCCAUUGGCAGCAAAGCAGUACUGAAGACUCGAUCCAAUACAGUGACCAAGGACGAGCUGUUUUCACUGGAAGACUCCCUUCCACAGGCUAGCUUUGUCGCAGCACUCAACGCUAGGUUCGUCUCUGUCAAGCAGGGUGUGGAUGUUACCGCAAACCAAGAAGAAAUCUCAGACCAUGAAACCUUCCAACUGGAGUUUGACUGGACCACUAAGAGAUGGUAUAUCAGAACAAUGCAGGAUAGGUAUUGGACACUAGAAACUGGAGGUGGAAUACAGGCUUCAGGAGACAAAAGGUCCUCAAAUGCCCUGUUUGGCCUGACCUGGCAAUCAGAUGGUUCUGUCGCAUUCCGAGCAAACAAUGGUCGAUAUGUGAUCACAAAACGCUCAGGACAUCUGUACGCUACAUCUGACACGAUCGAUGAGACUUGCAAGUACUACUUCUAUCUGGUCAACAGGCCUAUCUUGGUACUUAAGUGCGAACAAGGUUUCGUCGGAUACAAGUCUGCGUCUAGUCCCAAGCUGGAGUGCAACAAGGCGACGUAUGAGACCAUUCAGGUCGAGAGAGGAGAUAAAGGAGUAGUUUACUUUAAAGGUCAAAACAACAAAUACUGGCACGCCGACAGCGAGUGUAUCACAGCGGACUCGGAUACUCCAGAAGGCUUCUACUUAGAACUGAGGGAGCCAACCCGUCUCUGCAUAAAAACCAUCAACGGAAACUACCUUGUAGCAAGUAAAAAUGGCUGCUUUAGGAUCGGUGAUAGCAAUAUCGAAAGUGCAACUCAAUGGGAAUACUAACUUAUACAUACCACUGAUAUGUCUAAUUUUCCCGCUAAGGGAAUAUUAGUGUGACACCAUGUCCAUUCACAUGAAAAAGGAAUAUUUGUUAAAUAUGUUUUUUUUAAUAUUGUACGUUAUAUCCUGAAAUUAUAAUUUAUAUUUAUUUACACACAUAUUUUAGUGAAACGUAUCGUUGAUAUAUAGACUACAGGCUGUUGCAUAUCAUUAUAUUUCCAUAAAAUAUUUAUCUCAAAAUUAACAAAUUUUGGACAAAAGUAGUAUAAUAUAUAUAAUUUCUCUAACAAAGCAACACAAGGACUGGAAUCGGGAUUAGUCAUUUUUCAUAGCUUUAGCUCUAAAAAUGUACUUCUUUUUGGAAAAAUUGUUACUUCAUACAAGUAAAUGACAUAAACGCCCAUUUCAGAUUUGAGAAUUUAACAUAUGUAAAACUGUAUUCAUAUAAAAAUUGAAAUGACUGCAGUUAUUUUUCCAGUAUAAAGGUUUCUGGAUAUACCAUUAUUUUGAUUUGAAUACUUGAUUCUGUAAUUCCGUCCAUGUACUUGAAUAUUAAUCCAUCAUUGACCAAAAAUGUGGCUAAACCUUUCCGCCAAUCUCUAGUCUAGAUUAACGAUACACUCAUUCUUAUUUAUAAGUACUUAUUAUUAAUAAGUUCAUAAUGUGAUUUCGAAAAUUUACUUUUCAACGUAUUCCUACCAGAUUUUGGUAUAUCACUAGCACACUAGCCAAAACAUUAUUAAACUGCCAAAUUCCAUGCCUUUUUUCUAAUUUUUGUAUGUCUGUACUUACCAAAUAUGAAUACUUAAUGUAAUCUUAAAUCUUAGUAACUAAUACAUGAUGGAUAUAUUAUAAAGUACGGAAUAAUAUUAUGAGCUUUAGUCAUUCAUGAAGUGGUUACUUUCCAAAAUACUGGUGAGUGGUUUCAUUUUUUUUUUUUUUGUUUUAUAUUGCAUCUCUAUCUAUUCAAGAGAAUUAAAAACAAAACAGAAUAACCGUUUUAGCUCACUGAUCUGACCUCGUCAAAAUCUGUGGAUAAGAUAGAUAUCAUCUACCAAUAUUCUUGAAAACAAUAAAUUUUGAAGCAACCAUCUGAGGUCAAUUCAAAAACAUAGUGUCCGAGGCCUGAGUGCGAAGCAACCCUGAAUUGGAGUAGUAGUCCAAACAUAUUAAAUACUUCAACUUACCUUGAAGGUAAGCUGGCUGUGAUGAAAAAGAAAAAUACUGUAACAUACCACAUUGUUCGGCUUUCUAAACGGUAGACAUGGAUAUAGUUGUUUUAAGAAAACCUUCAGUAUGAUUUUCUUUCCUAGCAUACUGUGGCAGUUCCAGUGAUAAGGUUCAAUAUUUUAGUAAAUCAGAUAUCAGAAGAAGUUCCUUUCAUUUGAGUUAUAAAGAAACUGUCAUUUAAAAUUAUUAGCGUGAAUCAUGCAGUGCAAUAAGCAAAAAAUAAGGGGUCUGAUUAGAAACCUCUACUUCGGAAAAAAUAGAGGACAUCUGCAAUUGUACUCAUUGACCUCUUACAGAUUCGUUUGACAAAAUAUACCAUAUCUGCUAUUUCUUUUCGGCCUGGAUGCAGCUGGAAUUUUUCAAGGUGAUAUUUUUUAUUUAACUAUUUUUGCUAUGUCUGAAAUUUUCAUGUUGUUUUUAUUUAAUGUGAGUGUUUAGAUAUAUACGUAUAAGAAUAACUUUGUAUGUAAACAAGUCUCAUACCAGAAGAUGCAUUUAUUGUUUGUCAACCUACCAUUUUACACGUCUUUAGGCAUAAGGCUUUUCGCGAUUUCAUAUGGAGUCCUAGCAUAUUUUUGUAGCUUUUUUUAGCAAUAUUUAAGGGUUAGUAUCGAUGUAUUUUGUAUAAUAAUCACAAAUAAAUUAUAAUCAAAUGUAAA